AUGGCUGAAACACUAAAUAUUGUGAUAGAAAAUGGUGCAAGUUCAAACUCUUCAGUUAGCAAUGAUGAGUGGUUAAAAUCUAUAAUGGCUGGCGAGGGAGAGACCGGAAAUAGCCAACAGAUUGUGCCAAGGAUUCAUAAGGUUCCACCGGUACUUCGUGGGAUUCACUCAAAACAAAAGUGCUAUGAUCCUAUGGUGGUGUCCGUUGGCCCUUAUCACCAUGGGAAACCAGAGCUUUAUGAAGUAGAGAGGAUCAAGGCUACAAUGGCGCGCAGGUUUGUACAAGAUAGUGGAAAACCAAUUGAAGUCCUUUAUAAUAAGGUGGAAAAGGUGGCAAACAGUGCAAGGAAAUAUUAUGAUGAGGGCUCAACAGAACGCUUUGGCAAUGAAGAAUUUGCGCACAUGAUGUUUCUUGAUGGUUGCUUCAUUAUCCAAUUCAUCUACUGCUUUGUGAAAGAGCCUGAAGAUCUGAGGAUGAACGGGCAUAUUUCAGCACUUAUCAAGCGGGACAUAUUCUUACUUGAGAACCAACUGCCUUUCCAAGUCCUCAACACAAUGAUGAGCUUGAGGUUCAAAGGAGAAGCAGAAGGGAAAAAGCUGUUUAUUGAUUUCAUCACCAAGCAUGUUCGUGGACUACCUCCUCCAUCCGAAUCCUACAAGCAAAUAAUAAUGAAGUUUGUGAGCAAAUACACUUGGCCAUCACGAACUGAUCAAACAAGGACCGAAAAGAAAGAACUCGGAGAUCAUCAGCCUGCCCAUCUUCUUGAACUUUUACACAAGGAGCUCAGUGGCAGAAAAGCAAUAGUAAACAAUUCUACUAACGGGGACGCAGAUUUGCGCUCAUUCCGUUCCGCCAAGGAGCUCAAGACAGUGGGGAUCAGUUUCAGGCCAAGCAGGACUGAUCAUGAUCUUUUAACAGGUGUUCGGUUUAAAUCAACACUUCGUGGUGGAAUUCUCGAACUUCCUCCAAUUUUCAUAGACGACUCGACCAAGUCUGUACUUUUAAACUUGGUGGCCUACGAAACAUGUCCUGAUGCAUCCCAAGAUUUACGAGUCAAUUCCUACAUAUGCUUCAUGGAUUCAUUGAUAGAUCAUGCUGACGAUGUGAAGGAGCUUCGAUCUAAGGGCAUCCUUUACAAUUUUCUCGGAAGUGAUCAACAGGUUGCAGAUCUCUUUAAUGAGAUAUCUGAUUACUUGGUGCCUAACCCUGAUGCUUACCAUAAGGUCCAACAUAAAAUUGAGUCGCAUUACAGGAAUCUCAUCAAGAAAUGGAUAGCUGAGUGGCUGCAUACUCAUUUUAAUAGCCCUUGGGCCUUUUUGGCAUUUGCUGCUGCAGUUUUUGCCAUUAUAUUAAGUUCGAUUCAAACCUAUAAAGCACUAUUUCCAUCCGAGGAUAAUGAGGGCAGACUUUUCUGUUCAUGUACUACCAAUCUAACCAAAAUGAAUUAG